UAUGUGGUAUGAACUAGAAUCACACAACAACAGAAGAAAAAGUAAAAACAGACAGAAGAAUGGAGGUAGCACAGGUACUGCGCAUGAACGGUGGUGCUGGAAAAACAAGCUAUGCAAACAACUCCUUUGUUCAGAAAAAGGCUAUUACUUUAUCGAAGCCCAUAAGAGAGGAAGCCAUUAUUAGUUUGUAUAGCAACACACUCCCGAGAAGCUUGGCAAUUGCAGAUUUGGGUUGCUCUUCUGGACCAAACACUUUCUCUGUGGUGUCUGAACUCAUCAAGACCCUGGAGAAGCUUUGUCGGAAGCUGAACCAUAAAUCUCCAGAGUACAGGGUGUUUCUGAAUGAUCUUCCUGGGAAUGACUUCAACAGCAUCUUUAAUUCCCUUGACAACUUUAAAGAGAAAUUGCAAACAGAAGUGAAAGGUUUUCUCAAGUGUCGUGCAGAGGAACUGGUUGAAGAAGGUCGUAUGGUUCUCACAAUUUUGGGAAGAAGAAACGAUGCCGAGGAUCCAGCUAGCAUGGAGGGUGGCUACCUUAUUUGGGAGCUUAUGGCUAUGGCUCUUAGUGAAAUGUGUGUGCAGGGAAUAAUAAAGGAAGAGCAAUUGGAUAGUCUUAACAUCCCACAGUACACUCCAUCACCAUCUGAAGUGAAAUUGGAAGUUCUUAAAGAAGGGUCGUUUAUGAUCAAUCGUGUAGAGGUGUGCCAGGUCAAUUGGAAUCCUCUUGAAGAUUGGAACGCUCUUGAGUUUGAAUAUGAAAGGUCUGAAUCACUUAGUGAGAGUGGAUAUAACCUGGCACAGUGCAUGAGGUCUGUGGCGGAACCUAUGCUGGUUAGCCACUUUGGUGGACAUAUCAUUGAAGAGGUUUUCAGCCGUUUCCAGAAAAUUCUGGCCGAUCGUAUGUCUAAGUGUAAAACUGAGUUCAGUAACAUUACGAUAUCGAUGACUAGGAAAGCAUAGCCAGAAGUUUGCAUCUAGGGUUUCUCAAAUGCAUUAUAUAUAUUGUAGUUGUUGUGUUGAAGAAAAAUAAUUAGUAUACUAGUGUUGGGUUUUUUCAAUUAGACAUAUUAUUAAUAAUCUUUUUGAGACUUAGUAUCUA